CCUUUGUACUGCCGUCUCCAUUACAGCAGAAUGGCGACCGCCGUCUGCGGGCUGCAGCCCGGCGGCAAGCCGGCCAAGACCCGCCGAGCUCACCGGAGGAGGGCGAAGGACUCCCAGCGGAGACAAGCGGCUCUGCUCUUCCUUAAUAACAUCUCCCUCGACGGGCGGCCACAGCCCCAGCCCCCCGCGGGAGAGGCGGAGCAGACGGCGGCGGAGGAGCCGCGGCUCGGGGAGCGGGACGGCCGCCAGCCGGCGGGAGCCUCGCCGCCGCGCGGCCCCGGACUGGGAGCCAUCGCCGGGGCGACGGACACCGCCGGUCCUGCCGGUGCCGGCUCGCCCUCCACCUUCACAGGGAUCCCCGCGGCCACGUCCCCGGGGCCGGCCGCCCUGGCUGCUGUCGGACCCAACGAAGUGUUCGUGGAGGGCGGCGGCGCGGCGGAGCCGCCGGCCCCCGACACCCCGCGGUCCCCCGGCCCCCGGACCAGGUCCACGCCGGCCGUGCUGAGCCCGGCCCCGGCGGGCGGCGCCGCGGAUCCCCGGCAGAGGUUGAGGAAUGUUUCUGGUUCUCCUGGACCCAGGGUGCCAAAGAAAGUCCACUUCAUCAAGAGCAUGAGGCAGUAUGACACCAGGGGGUGCAGGAUCAUGCUGAUUUGUGCCAAGCGGUCAAUAUGUGCUGCUUUCUCAGUGCUGGCGUAUGGAGAGCGUGCUCACCUCAGUGAUCUUAAGGUAGACAGCCAGAGACAAAGACUAUCAUCUGUAGUUGCUGCCGACAUGCUUCCUUCCCUGGAAGGUGUGGAGCUGGGUGACAUUGGCAAGACCGUGUCCUACGCUCAGUUUCUCUACCCAACCAAUGCCUUGGUGAGACAGAAGAGCAGCGGUGCGGUGGAGAGCUGCACAGCCCAGACCCCUCAGUCUCGUUUCCGUGGCAACGGGCAGAGGAGCAUCCCUGCCCGUAUGAACAGCACUGUGGCACAAGACCCAUGUAUGGAGGAGGUGCAGGAAUACGACCCCAACCUGCUCAGCGACCCGCAGUGGCCCUGCGGGAGACACAAGAGGGUCCUCAUAUUUGCAUCUUACGUGACGACGGUGAUUGAAUACGUGAAGCCGUGUGACCUGAAGAAGGACAUGAACGAGACCUUCAGGGAGAAGUUUCCUCACAUCAAGCUGACGCUGAGCAAGAUAAAAAGCCUGAAGAGGGAGAUGAGAGCCGUGAGUGAGGAGUGCAGCCUGCAGCCGGUCACCACGGCGAUGGCUUUUGUUUACUUUGAGAAGCUGGUGCUGCAGGGUCGCCUGAACAAGCAGAACAGGAAGCUGGUGACGGCGGCGUGUGUGCUGCUGGCUGCCAAGAUCAGCAGCGACCUGCGGAAAGCAGACGUCAAGCAGCUCAUCGACAAGCUGGAGGAGCGUUUCCGUAUCAACAGGAGGGAGCUGAUUCCUCUGGAGUUCUCGGUGCUGGUUGCCUUGGAGAUGGGACUGUACCUCCCCGAGAGCAAGGUCAUGCCGCACUACCGGCGGCUGGUGCAGCAGGGUUAGGGGGGGCCAACGGGUGGACGGACCAGUUCAUAAGCUGUGGUGUUUGAAACCAACCGUUCUGGUACUAUUUAUUUUCUCUGUAACUCAAGAACUAGCUCCUGUUCUCGGUCCAACACUGUCCCCCUGGUAUGUUUGUGUCUCUGAAUGUUUUUUACUCGUGAUGUUCUGAUGUUCAUCCACUCCUGAGCUCUAUGUUAGAGAUGUUCAGCGAGCACAUUAAUUGUGCUUUUAUUUCAGUUUCUCGUGACACAUUUUUUGAGUAAAGUUGUAGUAUUCUUCUAUUUAAAUGAAAAUGUCCGCAUUUGUGAAAGAUGAAAAAACCCAAACUCAUCACCUGCACCUUUGCUGUUGCUAUACAGCCUGUAUAGUAUUUAUUGUAACUGACAAAGACCCGUAUGUGGAUUCUGUUGACGUGUUUUUACCACACUGUGACACUGAAAACAUUUUGAGCCAAACUGUAGAUUUUGGGGGAGAAAAAACAUCUUUAAGGGAGUAAGUGGCCUUUUUAAAGUGUUUGUUAUAAUAAUGCAGCCAAAUGUACAUGUUUGUAUUUAAGAAGACGUAGUCCGGACUCUCGUGGCAGCUCUGACUUGGUUGUGCCAACAUUCUUGUAUUUCCACCUGCGACGAACAGGAUUGAGGAGGCGAGUGUUAGCGUUUCAUGUCGUUACCCAGGGAUACUUUUCUUUUCUUUCUCUUCAUGUGGGCCUUUAACAUAAGACUAAUCAGUCCUUCAGUCUGGUUAGUGCUCCUGUCUUUUGAGUUCUCAGGAAUUCAACUUUUCUGUUACUUUAAGUAGCUCCUGAAAUCUGACCCAAAGACGUCGUCACUUCCUACCAGCAGCCGUGCUUUCACCGUGACUGGAUCUCUCACUGGGAUGUGAGCGCAGCCUGAAGGCACAGUGGCAGUGAUGGAUAACAGACGAAUCGCUUCAAUCCAGUGUCAGCUUUUCUUUAUCUUCUGCAGCUUCUCUUCAAACGUUGUGUGGAAGAGAAAAUCACAACCUCCUUUACAAUCAUCGGAAGCGAGUUUUGAUGUUUAACGGCAGAAAUGUCUGUGGGUAAUCAAUACCUGUGUGCUCAUGCUGUUCAGUAAAAAUGCUUUU